ACGAAUCACCAGACUACAAUGUUUUUGUAGUCCUCUAGUGCAUUUUCUUAUGCUUCUCCUCAAGGCGAUUGUAGUUUCGAUGUGGUCGAGUGAGUUUGCAUUUAACCCCACCAGGUAGACUCGGCUAGCCAAGAUUCAGUGUCUUUGAAAGAGAGCCCCACACAGACACACAAGGCUGGAGUUGAAGUCCCCAGAUCGUAAUGUCCAAUCAGCUUUCACUCGACACCUUCAAUUCCAUGGCCGUCUAACAGCCUCGCGUUGCAAGCUGGCCAAGCUGACCCUUUCGCGCCCAGCUUAGCUUUACUGAUAGCUUGAUAUUUGUUAUCCACCAACGCAUUCGACUUCGACAACUAUUACCAUGAUAUUGCCUACGACUCUCGAAUCCGCGAAUUAAUCUUCAUAUACCGAAUCCUGCCUGUCCUACUCUCCCGGCAUGUGGCUCGACCGACUGGCGGGAGGCCCGGCUAGCAGUCCUGGACCCUCCACGCCUCAACCCGGUAGCAGAACAUAUCCUAAAAGGACUUCGAGCACUCUGAGCCCAUAUGUCACAUCUCAGCGCCCUGGGUUUUCUCCACGAGGCUCCUCGCUAUCACUCGUUUCCAAUGAUUCCACCUCCUCACUCCUUUCGUCUUCGCGAAGGCCUAAUGGCUCCAACCUGAGGCAGGCCUCAACAAUAGACACGGGACCUGAUUCUUUGGAGGUGCUAGAGACUUUACUAGCAGACUUUUCGAGUGACCGCGAACAAGCCGAUAAGAAAACUGCCAUUAAUGAGGACGAUAUCAACUUCGAGGCUGUAUUUGGGGGAUUGUCAUUAAAGGAGCUUGCCACGUCCGGACCUCCUGAUACAACCACAGCCAGCAACCGCAAGCCAAAAACGGCAGAAGAGAGCGAGAAUGAUAGAACCAAACUCGAAGAUCUUCACCGGUCGAUAGAAGCAUGUGACGAUGUACUCAAUUCAGUUGAGAUCAACCUCGCCAACUUUCGUAAUGACCUUGCCAUGGUGUCUGCAGACAUCGAAUCUUUGCAAACCCGAUCGACAGCUUUGAAUAGGAGAUUGGAAAAUCGGAAACAAGUUGAGAAGGCACUGGUGCCUCUGGUAGAAGAGCUAAGCUUACCGCCUGAAGUUAUCUCCAAGAUCUCUGAAGGGCACAUCGAUGAGACGUGGGCCAAGAUGCUCGCCGAACUGGAUCGCAGGUCGACCCUAUUCAAAAAGAAGUCUGAAACUCAAACUAGUAAUGCAGCAAAGGAUCUCGAACCGAUUCUUGACAAGCUCACUUUCAAGGCAAUCGAGCGCAUACGAGACUUCAUCGUGGCUCAGAUCAAAGCACUGCGAUCACCGCAUAUCAAUGCCCAGAUCAUUCAGCAACAAAGUUUCCUUCGAUACAAAGAUCUUUACACAUUCCUACACAAACAUCAUCCGACUCUCGCAAAUGAGAUCGCCCUCGCAUACAUGAACACUAUGCGAUGGUACUACCUUAAUCAGUUUUCCCGGUAUGAGAAGGCUCUCGGAAAGAUCAAGCUUCACAUAUUAGACAAAAACGACACUCUUGGCCACGAAGAUGCGACCCGCAAGGCUACUGUUCUUUCGAGCAACAGGGCACCAGGCCCCCCUCAUGAUGCGUUCAAUCUUGGCCGGCGCAUUGAUCUCCUGAAAACCAACAACCAAACGGCACUCUCCUCAUAUCUCGCCGAAGAAGACCAAACAACUCACUACCUCGAAGUACCCUUCCGCAACUUCAACCUGGCACUUAUUGACAAUGCCACGGCAGAAUAUACGUUCAUGGCCACAUUUUUCUCUCCUGCAUUGUCCUACAGCCAGAUUUCAAAGAACUUCAACUAUGUCUUCGAGGCUACCUUCGAACUCGGUAGAGCCCUUUCUAGAACUCUGAUAGGGGAUACAUACGAUGCGCUCGGCCUGCUCCUUUGUAUCCGGUUGAAUCAGCAUUUUGCUUUUGAGCUCCAGCGCCGAAAGGUACCUGCUGUGGAUGGCUACAUCAAUGCGACGACCAUGCUCCUGUGGCCCCGUCUUCAGGUCAUAAUGGAUCGUCACUGCGAUUCUGUGCGCCACCUCAGCAAUGCUGUGCCUGCCAAACCGAGCCGCGCCGAAGCUGCUAAACUGUCUGCGGCGCCUCAUGUUGUGACCCAGCGUUUCGGGCAGCUGUUGCACGGCUUAUUAGCGCUCAGCACUGAUGCUGGUGAUGAUGAACCUGUUGUGUCCAGCCUGCGCCGCUUGCGCUCCGAGGUGGAGACCUUUCUUACUCGCCAUGCUGAGCUCUUCGGUGACAAACGUAAGAGUGGGCGCUUCUUUUAUAACAACUACUCACUUAUCCUCACCAUUAUCAGCGAUGCGAGCGGCAAGCUUGCUGAUGAGCAGCAGGAGCAUUUUGAAGAACUGAAGACUCAGUACCAAGAGACGUCCUAGAAAAGUGUCUCAUCGGAUAUAAAAUUGUUGGGACGCAGGAAGGGUAAUUCACGGGAAAUUAGUGCAUUCUCAUGUCUUCCCUUGGGUGUAACGACGUGUAUAUUUCUUUGCAUGGCGUCUCGGUGAAGGUUAUCUGUGGGUCUUGUUUCUAAACAGAGCUUUGAACAAACGAAGUGUUAUCUAUGCCAUUCUAGCGUGAGGUAAAUCAUUCUAUCUGCCAACUUUUACAACAAAUAUGCCUACCUUGAGCAAUCUACCUGAGAAAUUAUCUUGUGAGUGG